AUGCUCAUCACUUUACUACAACUUGUCCCAUUAAUACUGUGCUUUAAGAUGCCCUUGGGGUCUAACAAUACAUUACAUUCAAACAAUAACUCAAAUUACAAUCGAGCCCAGUUUAACGGAAUUUUGAAUGUCAAUAAACCGCAACACAUAACGUCUUCUGACGUCUGCAAAUUUGUUAAACGAAUCUUUUCUGCAAGCGAAGGUUUGGGUGAUAUAAAGGUCGGCCAUGGCGGCAUUUUGGACAAGAAUGCUCAGGGUGUUUUACCCAUUGGAAUUGGCACAGGAACUAAACAAUUGAGUUGGUAUUUGGUUGGGGAAAAAGAAUACAUAGUCACUGGCAAAUUCGGAUUUGAAACAGAUUCAUUUGACAUAACAGGAAAACGGACUUUUCAGGGAUCAAAAAAUGUGGAUUCUGAUGCACUGGAUCAGGUGAUUAAGUCAUUUGAGGGUACAUUUUCACAAAUACCGCCUGCCUUUUCAGCAAAAAAGAUAAACGGGAAGCGAUCAUCCCAUUUAGCAGCUAAGGGCAAUCCAGUUGAAAAUACUCCAGUGAAUGUGACAAUCUAUUCAAUUGUCAGAUUGCCAAAUGAACUUCCAAACUUUUCCAUGCGUGUAGUAUGCUCAAAAGGCACCUAUAUGAGAACUCUGGUUAGGGAUAUCGGCCAGAAACUAAACACCUACGCUACUUGCACCCAAUUGGUGAGAACUAGAUGCGGCAAACUUGUUAUUUCUGACAGUCUCCAUUUGGACUCUCUGAACCUCACUAGUAUCGCACAACACAUAUCUAAUGUACAAAAACCUCCUAUUAAUAACUAA